AUGCAGCCCUCCACCGAUCGACGCCGCGGCAACGACAACGGGAACCCAGCCACGCCCGCCUCCCAUGGAUUGUGGCGCCCUCGAUACGCUGCGCCUGCCCCCACUCCCGCCGCCGCCGACCCCCGUCCGAUCCCCACCUAUGUGCCACCCCACCACCGUCGCAACACCGCCCCAAACCCGCCACUCCCGAACCCUGCCUCUGACGCCCGCCCGCACCAGCACCAAACCCCACCGCACGAGAGGGCUCCGUCCAGUCGCUACAACAGCAGCAUCCACCACCGCCGCGGCCCGCCGCAGGUGAAGGCUCCACCCGCACCCAUGAACGCCCCUGCAUCGGCAGAUGCCCCCGCGCUCGCGCCCCCAGCGGCGGUGCCGCAGCUGGUGCAGGAGAUCCAGGAUAAGCUGGCGCGGGGGACUGUGGAGUGCAUGAUCUGCUACGACAUGGUGCGGAGGUCGGCCCCCGUCUGGUCCUGCGGCAGUUGCUUCUCCAUCUUCCACCUCCCCUGCAUCCGCCAGUGGGCGCGCGCCCCGGCCUCCGUCUCCGAUGCCUCCCACCCGGCCGCCGCCUCCUGGCGCUGCCCGGGGUGCCAGUCCGUGCAAGACCUGCCCGCUCGCCACAUCGCCUACACCUGCUUCUGCGGGCGCCGCCGCGAUCCCCCGAACGACCUCUUCCUCACCCCACACUCCUGUGGCGAGCCCUGCUCCAAGCCCCUCGGGCAAACAAAUCCUCCUGCUGCUACCAAGGGCGCGGCCUACCCUGAUGAAGAUGAUCAUGUUGCCGCCAGGUGCCCGCACGUCUGCGUCCUGCAGUGCCACCCUGGGCCGUGUCCACCCUGCAAAGCCUUUGCUCCGGAGAGGCCGUGUCCUUGCGGCAAGCAGUCUAUCACUUGCCGGUGCGCGGACCCGAGCACGCCUGUUACAUGUGGACAGCAAUGCCAACAGCUGCUCACCUGGGGGAGGCACCGUUGCGAGAAGGUCUGCCACACCGGGCCUUGCGGGGACUGCCAGGUUAGCGUCUCUGCACAGUGCUUCUGUGGCAAGAAAACAGAAACCUUGUUGUGCGGCGAGAUGGCGGCGAAGUCAGAGAAGGAUGGGGUGUUCUCUUGCACUGCGGUUUGUGGCCGCAAUCUUUCAUGUGGGAACCAUGCCUGCGAGGAUGUUUGCCACCCAGGGCCAUGCAGGGAGUGCGCGCUUGUGCCAGGGAAGGUCACCACAUGCCAUUGCAGCAAGACAUGGCUCCAGGAGAAUAGGGCGAGCUGCUUGGACCCAAUCCCUACUUGCGACAAGGUUUGCGACAAGAAAUUGCCGUGUGGUGUGCAUAGGUGCAAGGUUACAUGUCAUGAGGGGAAGUGUCCGCCGUGCUUGGUACGCGUCGAGCGGAGGUGCCGCUGCGGCUCAUCAGGCCAGAUGGUGGAGUGCUACAUGGUCUCGGUGGAAGAGUUCUGUUGCAACAAGCCUUGUGGCUGCAAGAAGAACUGCGGGAGGCACAGGUGCAGUGAGUGCUGUUGCCCGCUGUCGAAGCCAUUUGCUCAGCAUGAAGGUGGCAACAUGGAUCCUCAUUUCUGCCAGAUACAAUGUGGCAAGAAGCUCCGGUGUGGGCAGCACGGAUGCCAGCAUCUCUGCCACAGCGGUCACUGCGAUCCUUGCCGCGAGACCAUGUUCAGUGAUCUCACUUGUGCCUGUGGCAGUACAUCUAUUCUGCCACCGCAGCCGUGCGGCACACCAGCUCCAUCAUGCCCGCAUCAGUGCAUUGUCCCUCAACCUUGUGGGCAUCCAGCUUCGCAUCAAUGCCAUUUUGGAGACUGCCUGCCUUGCGUGGUGCCAGUAACGAGAGAAUGCAGUGGGGGACAUGUGAUGUUAAGGAACAUCCCUUGUGGUUCAAAGGACAUCCGAUGCAACCAACCCUGUGGUAAGAACCGUCAAUGUGGACUGCACGCUUGCGCCAGGACUUGCCAUCCUUCCCCUUGUGAUCCGCCGCCUGCAAAUGGAGAUGCUAGUUCAAGCUCUGGGAGCAAGGUUUCAUGUGGACAGUUAUGUGGUGUCCCAAGGAGGGAAUGCAAGCACACUUGCAAUACACCAUGCCACCCAUCAUCUCCUUGCCCAGACGUGAGAUGUGAAGUCCGUGUGACUAUUACCUGUUCUUGUGGCCGUAUCACUUCAACUGUGCCCUGCAGUGCUGGUGGAUCAUACACUGGUGAUAGUAUGUUCGAUACCUCCAUCAUACAGAAGCUGCCAAUGCCUCUCCAAUCAGUGGAAUCAAGCGGGAUGAGGGUACCUCUUGGACAGAGGAAACUUUGCUGUGAUGAGGAGUGUGCAAAAGUGGAGAGAAAAAGGGUCCUUGCUGAAGCUUUUGACAUUAUACCACCCAAUCUCGAUGCAUUGCAUUUCGGUGAGAACUCAAGCGCAUCGGAGUUGCUUUCUGAUCUUCUCCGACGAGAGCCAAAGUGGGUGCUGGCCAUAGAGGAGCGGUGCAAAUUUCUUGUACUUGGGAAGGGGCGAGGAAAUUCUUCAAGUAACAUCAAGGUCCAUGUGUUCUGUCAAAUGACGAAGGAUAAGAGGGAUGCUAUCAGGCUCAUUGCAGAUAGGUGGAAGCUGUCUAUUCAGGCUGUUGGUUGGGAGCACAAGUGUUUUGUUACCAUCCAUGUCACACCCAAGUCGAAGGUGCCUGCUCGUGUUCUGGGCUCCAAAGCUGGUAUCCCUGUCUCGGCUUCCUAUCCUUACUUUGAUCCCAUGCUGGACAUGGACCCGAGACUCGUUGUUUCAAUGCUGGACCUGCCAAGGGAAGCUGAUGUUAGCUCUCUGGUCUUGAGGUUUGGUGGGGAGUGUGAAUUGGUUUGGUUGAAUGACAAAAAUGCCUUGGUGGUCUUCCGUGAUCCAGCUAGAGCCGUGACAGCACUGAGACGGCUGGACUAUGGGUCUGCUUACCAGGGGGCUGCGAUGUUUUGCCCAAGCAGCAUCACUCAGGCUUCGUCAUCAGGCAAUGUGUGGGUUCGGGCACAGAGGGACGGAGGAUCCACUGCACAGGGCAGUGCCAAUCCAUUGAAGAAGGCUGGUGCCUCUGAGCCUGGAUCAUCCGGAGACCGGCAUUCUCCAGGGACGAGUGUGCUUGGUCAAGCUCCAGGGUCAGCUUGGAGGCAGGCUGAUACCCCUGGCCAGGUCAUGGGUACAUCUAGAUUGACUGCUCUGGAGUCUCCUUCUGGCACAAGCUCCGUGCCAGCUGACAAACGCAAGCCUGAUCUUCGCACUGAUGCUGGGUCCAGAGCACAGAGCGCUGGGCAAGCAGUGCCCAAGCUGCAGCCAAACCUCGAAGUGGAAAACUGGGAAGAAUCGUGUGAGUGA